AUGGUCGGCGCCGGAAAAGAGAACCGGACACCGCUUGAGGCGCCCCAAGGUGGCCGGCGUGCCACCCGCAAACCCGCCAGGCUUUUAGAGGAGCUGGAUGCCGAGCCGAUCGGCAACGGGCAUCGGCGGGGGCGCGGGAGGAAACGGAGGGCGUUGGGGCCGCCGGUGGGGCGGGAUCCGCACGAGGCGGCGGUGCGGAGCGUCAACGGCGACGUGGGCAAGAUCCUGUGGUUUCAGCACUCGCUGGCGUCGUUUCUGAACGAGGGAUGGGGAGGCCGGCGCCAUGACGUGGUAGAGCAGAAGGCGGAGAUGGAGAGGGCAAGAGAGGAGAUCGUGCGCCUCGAGGGGGCGAUCAGGGUAUGUGUGGCGCGGUGUGAGGGGGCCGAUGGUGAUCCACGGAAUCCCGAAGCUGCCUUUACGGAAGAUGGGGCCGGCAUCUUUGGGGCAGUGAGGUGCUCCCGAUGUGGCGGGACAGAGUCGGAUGAGGUGUGCUGUGGGCCCUCUGAUAAGAGACUGCUGCCAAUUGGAUCAACAUCAGUGGACAAGAUGGGGAAUACUGCCAGAAUACGAUACUACCACAACCAAGCACGUAUUUUGGGGUUGCAAUUGCUAUCAAGCUCAUCAUCUCAGAGUUUUGGCACAGGUCAUCACAUUUGCAGUUGUAAAGUCAUGACAGAUCACUGCCCAAAUCCCCGUAUGCGAUGA